AUGUGUGAUGCACCGAAAGUGGAUGCGAUAAAGGGUAAUGAUGGUCUGGCGGUGAUGUUCGUCACUCAGAUUGUUCGCGGGCUGGUUUCGUUGCGCUCAUUCGACAUCUACGAGCCAGUAGUGUACGUUUGUGGACGAGUUAGUCUACCGAGUGAGUGCCCGGGCAGGGAGAAACCAGGCGCUGUGUUGCCUUUUGUUAUCUUGUAUAGUGAUCUGUAUUUGGAUGGUGAGAGUACGCCAACGAAUCUGUGCAUUGAUAUGCGUAAGAUGGGAAGUGUGGCACGUUUUGCGCGUCGUUCGUGUCAUCCGAAUGUGAAACUGCAACAUUUCUUCUGUGGUGGUAAACUGCAUAUUAUUGCGAGUGCAACGGAAAAAGUUGAACGUGGUGAUGAGGUGAGUAGUCGAAUGGUUGUUGUUUUUUUUUGCAACACAGUGAUGAUUGAUCUCAAAUUGUUAUCAAUAGCAGCCAUGGCAUGUUUGAUCCUUUCAUCGCUAUUUUGUUGA